AUGGGCUCUCUUGCUCCCACAGAUGCCUGCGUGGGCAAGGAGAGGCGGGUUCGAGGUCCUGUUAUUAUUUUUUCCUUUCUAGAGAUUAAGAAGCCACCAGUGGCCCCCAAGCCAAAGUUUGUCAUGGCAAAUAAUAAGCCAGCUCCACCUCCUGUUGCACCUAAACCCGAUAUUGUGAUUUCUAGUGUUCCACAGCCAACAAAAAAACUCAAACCAGCAAUAGCCCCAAAACCAAAAGUCCUGAAGGGUUCACCUGUUCAAGACAUUGGACAGUCACCAUCAAGGAACCUCAUCGUGAACUUGGAAGAUCAUAAACAGGAAUUACCUGACAGCACUGAUGAUUCUAAUUGCAAAAGCCAGAGCAGUGAUUAUAUUUUGCCAGUGUGUUCCUGCAGUUCUGAUUGUAUCCAUAAGCUUGGGAAGAGACAGAAUUUGUGUGUAAAGCAGCUCAUCUUAGAGCCUCUGGAAAUGCAUGAAAAUUUAGAAAAUGGUAAAAUUGAUGAGUUGUCUUCAUCUUUAAAAACAAGGAAUAAAUAUGAUCCUAAUGGUGAAAAGAUCAAGAGCCAGAUUGGAGUAGUUUCAAAGGCAAACGUUCUAGAAGAGAAGCUCAAAGAUGUUUUAAUACAACGAACAUUACCUUUUAUUUCUCCACAGAAGCAUGUGUCCAUAGACAACACAGAAAUAAAUGAUGGCUGUAACUCUAACAGACAAUUCAGAAUUGAAUUUGCGGAUUUGUCACCUUCCCUGUCCAGCUUUGAAAAAGUUACUGAUCUGCACCAUUGCCACGUACAACUUCCUACUGAUGAAUUUCAAAAUUUUGAAACUUGUCAGGAUGGAAGUGAAAAAAGCAGUACUUGCUUUCAUUCAUCUGAACAAGAAACUCUGGAAAAUGGUAAAAGGAGUACUUUUUUGUAUUCAGAUGGAGUUAAUAAGAAAUCAGAUGUCAAAGAUCUUGAUCCCUUAGAAAUUCACUUAGUACCAUAUACCCCCAGAUUUCCAACUCCCAAGCCCAGAAAGAUACGAGCUGCUCGUCUGUUACGCCAAAAGUAUAUAGAUAUUCCUAGUGAAAAUACUGAAGAACCACAGAAUUUAGACAGAAACUCUUCUUGUCUUUCUGAAGAUAGUUUGAAAAACAGUAAAAUCAGUGUUCAUCAGAAUGUUCUGUGUUACCAGGAACAGGUGGACAAAGGGAAGCCAGGAAAUAAAAGUAAAUUGAACGUGGACUCCAAUGAUGACAGACAUAUCUUGGUUAAUUCACAGAAAACUAUGUGGCAUGACACAUCUUCCUCUGAAAAAAUGGAGACAGUGUUUACUUUGAGUUCUGACAGCAAGACAGUAGACGGUUCUAGUAUGUCACUUCCUGUGGACAAAGGGACCAGUUUUAUAAGAUGCAGUACUCUAUCUAUGAGCCUGCCUAAGCAGCUCAAAUUAACUUGCAACAAACAUUUGCCUACUGCCUGUAACUUGGGAGUGUCCGCCCCUCUAAUGCAAAAGGAAUCUACAGUAAAAGAUGAAAGUUCCUCAAGAAUUAUCCCAAAAAAACCUCAAAGACACAGCUUGCCUGCUGCAGGAGUGCUUAAGAAGGCUGCCUCAGAGGAGCUUCUGGAGAGAAGUUCUUAUCCCUCAAAUGAAGAAAAAAAUUCAGAGAAGGCUCUAGAAAGAAAACAUCUUCAUCAUUUGUGUGCCUCAAACCAUGGUAUGUCAUCCUCCUUUGAUAUGCCUAAACAACCUUCAGAAAAGCCAGUGUGGAAAUUACCUCAUCCCAUUUUACCCUUUUUAGGAAACCCAGAAUCCUUAAAGUCUGUAACUAUAUCUUCAAAUAGUGAACCCUCAACUGCCCUGACUAAGCCUAGAGCAAAAUCAUUAUCUGCUGUGGAUAUGGACAGGUGCACUAAGCCUUGCAAAGACUCUCAAAAGAAAACCUCUUUAAGGAAGUUGCUCAAUCUGAAGCUGUCCAUCUGUUUCAUGAAGAGUGACUUCCAGAAAUUUUGGUCCAAGAGUAGCCAACUUGGAGACACAGCCUCAGGCAGCCUCUCAGGUGGGGAGCAAAAAGGAAUUGAAAGUGACUGGCAUGGCUUGUUGGUGGAAGAGAAGAAAAGUAAACCCAUCAAGGCAUAUUCUGCAGAUAACUGUAAUCUAGAAUUCCAAAAGAAGAGGAAGAAAUCUCAAGGUCAGACUAGUGCAACUAAUGGACCAAGAGCUGAGUCUUUGGAUGACCAGCUGCUCUCCAGGGAGUCAUCAUCUCACACACCUUGCAAAUCUGUUACAAGUGGCUGUGCACCCGAGUAUGAAAACAUACGCCAUUAUGAGGAAAUACCAGAGUAUGAGAACUUGCCAUUUAUUAUGGCUGUAGGGAAAACUCCAGAGUUGGAAAGGCAAAAUUCCAGCAGCUUGGAGGAUACUGACGCAAAUGUGUACGAGAUAGAAGAACCAUAUGAAGCUCCAGAUGGACAGCUGCAACUCCGACCCAGAUGUCAGCAUUCCAGGUAA